AAGCGCACACAGAAGCAGCGACGGGAGAUAACGACAUAAACAGCGCUUUCUAUUCUGGUUUUGGCACACAAAAUAUGACUUAUUAAACGUUCCACAUUCCGGCGCACACGGGGAAUAUGAAGGCGAAAAACCGUGACCAAAGCUUGUCGGACUCCAGGGAGCUGGACGGAUCGUAUGACCAGCUGACGGGUAAUCCCUCCACCAGCCAAAGUAAAAAAACCAUAAAGCAGCGAUUCCUCAAGCUGCUGCCGUGCUGCCAGCCCUCGACUGCCCCCUCAAUCACUCAAAACAGCGUGGAAGAUGACUUUGAGUUAUCUACUGUGUGCCAUCGCCCUGAAAGCAUGGACAAGCUGCAGGAGCAGACCAAGUUCACCAAGAAAGAGCUGCAAGUCCUCUACAGGGGCUUCAAAAAUGAGUGUCCAAGUGGAGUGGUAAAUGAGGAGAACUUUAAGAACAUUUACUCCCAGUUCUUUCCUCAGGGAGAUUCGAGUAUGUAUGCACAUUUCCUGUUUGAAGCCUUCGAUACAAACAAGAAUGGCUCCGUUAGUUUUGAGGACUUUGUAUUUGGCUUAUCUAUCAUCCUGAGAGGGACUGUUAAUGACAGGCUAAACUGGGCCUUCAACCUUUAUGACCUGAACAAGGACGGCUGCAUCACCAAAGAGGAGAUGCUGGACAUCAUGACAUCCAUCUAUGACAUGAUGGGGAAGUACACGUACCCCACCAUGCAGGACGAUGCCCCAAGAGAACAUGUAGAGAGCUUCUUCCAGAAAAUGGACCAGAAUAAAGAUGGAGUGGUCACCAUAGAUGAGUUCAUCGAGUCUUGUAAAAAGGACGACAACAUCAUGCAGUCCAUGCAGCUGUUUGACAACGUCAUCUAGGAAUGCGGAUUUGAAGGGACACUGGCACCAGGGGGGGAGAGUGGAUGUGGAAGUGAAACCGAAGUGGAACAGAUAAAAGAGACUUUGUGAAUGUGUGUGUGUGUUUGUGUGAUCGAAUGACUCGCAAGCUUGUGCUUGUGUCACUGUUGAGAGCCGUGAGUCCUGAGGGCACAGAGAGGUGGUUCCUCCUGGACCCUCAGUGGCAUUUCUCCAAGCAACUGCAGAGUUUCCUCGACUCCCAUCAUCAUCAUGCAGAACCUUAGUCUGAACCCAGAGGCACAGAGAAAUAUCGCUUGCAUUGGGCUCACAGCUGCCGCCACACCUAACAGCACCCCCCAACCCACCUGUUUUAUCUGAACUUUUAUUUAUAACUGAUGGAAGAACUAUCACAGCCCCCGAUGGCUGCUCUCAGAGGGAGGAAGUUGCCCUUAUUCUUGAUUUAAGCUCACUUUCUUCCUGAUGUGGUGACUUGAUUUAUCCUGCCUCCGUGCGUGUGGGAACACCUCCCUGGAGCCGGCCCAUAAAGAUAGAAAUGAGUCUGUGGCCACCUGGUGGACAAAAGAGAAAAAAUACACAUCCUGGGGGAACACCCAACAGUUUGGAGAUGGAAGCGACCCUGUAUGACAGAUGGAGGGUCAAAAGUAUUCUUUUCCAUGAGGAACUGAUUUCAGUAUCGCAUGAUGAUGUCACUAAUAUCUAAUUACGUAUUUACAGAGAUACUCCAAAGUCUGCUCGUCUGUCUGCUGUUCCUAGUCAUUCACAGGUGCCUCACCCUUUGUGUAUGUUUGUGUGUGUGCAUGUGUAAUGGAAAGAGAGGCUGACCAUCUUACCUAUGGGACAAUAUCCAUGUCUAGUCACACUACCACCUCCAUUCAUGGAAUUCUGGUGGAAUAAUUCCUGGCCUUCCAAACUAUUACAGACCUAGCAGUAGUUGUCUGUUGACUGUCGUACUAUUUAUAGCUUUCCCAGUGGUGUGAUAAUUAGCCAGUACAAUAUGGGGAUUGCUUUGUGCUCAAUAAGCUCUUGAUCAAUCAAGCAUCUCUCAAAAUGGGCCACUGUCAUACUGGUUUAUUGAAAUACAAUCAAAGGAAAUUUAUUAGAUCGCAGACUGUACUCGUGAACUUAUUGUAUUCUGAGAUGUCAUGUGGUUGUAGCAGGUUCUACCACUUCAAAAAUGCAUUAAAUUAGGCUAAUCCAGUUUCAAAAAGGCAUAUCAUGUUUGUGUGCAUCAUUAUUGAGGGACAUGGAUUCAUUUUCUUUUCCACUCCUCCCACUUUUUAUUCUUCCUUUCUCUGUAACACCAAAGAGAAAAUAUUAAAGAGGUACAUAAAACCUAUGCUAUGACCUAUAGCCCAGCAGUGGGUGAAGAUAGAGGGAGAUCAUAUGUAUUUAGCUGGAUAAAAGAAGCUAUUUGGUAUGCCUGCACACUGUCCUGACUUACGUGUAACUCUGGGUUUUAAACCUGCAUGUUGAGCUCGGAUGAAUAUUUUAGAAUAAUUUGCAGCCACUCAUUUGCCUCUUUUUACACUGAAACUUCUACUCCAUUUAAGAUGAUGUACCAGAGGCUCUCAAACCUUAAUUAAAUUCAGUGCAGACUAACAUGGAAUAGCAAUAAUGUUCUCUAUCACAGUACCUUUCCACUCAUCCAACCUCUCUUUCCUCUCAGAGCACAGUAUAGGGGUGCAGUAAUGUUCUUUUAAAAAAUAUGCACUUCCAGCCCUGUUUUUUUUCCCCUGUUUAGCAAUUCAAGAUUUGUUCUUUUUUUUUCUUUUAGUUUUUUCCCAGGAGAAAAGUGGUUCGGCUUUGAUUGCCAAGAAUUUUUAAGUCUUGACCACAAGUAAAAACCUGUCUAUACCCGCAUGUACUGUGUUUAGAACAAUGAAAUCCUACUAACCUGUUGUAAUGACUGUCUAAUUAGCUAGCCUC